AUGCCAGUCGCCAUAGUGACUGGAGCCUCAAGAGGAAUAGGGAAAGCCAUAUGUCUACAAUUGGCCGACGACGGAAUAGAUAUCGCGGUGAACGAUAUUCCCGCCCAGUCUGCCGAGCUCGGAAAGGUGAAAGUGCAACUUGAGCAGAAAGGAAGACGGGCAAUCUGCAUACCGGCAGAUGUGAGCGUGGAAGACGACGUCAAAGAAAUGGUGGCGGCGACCGUUCGAGAGUUUGGGGAAUUGAACAUCAUGGUUGCGAACGCGGGCAUCGUACUUCCCAAGAAGCUGUUUGAGCAGACCGUCGAUGAGUGGGAUCGAAUCAUGGCAGUCAAUGCUAGGGGUGUCUUCCUGUGCUAUCGAGAAGCAGGAAGACAGAUGAUCGGACAAGGCAAAGGAGGCAAGAUCAUCGGUGCAUGCUCCUCCGCCGGUCAUAGGCCAUCGGUCUCGGGCGUCGCAUAUUCGGCCAGUAAAUGGGCUGUUCGGGGCAUCACCCAAGUGACAGCUUUAGAGCUUGCACAAUACGGCAUCAACGUCAACGCCUAUUGUCCAGGACCGGUCGAGACGGAUAUGUGGGCAGAAAUUGAUGCGAGUAUUGCAAAGAGGGACGGUGUGCCUGCAGGAUCUACGUACGAGCAGGCAGUGCAGACACGCAUGGCACUCAAACGACGACUACUUCCGGAGGAUAUAGCUUCCUUGGUCAGCUUCCUUGCUGGUCCAAAGUCGAGGAAUAUUACGGGACAGAGUAUCCUAGUCGAUGGGGGCCAGUACUUCACCUAG